UAUCACGCACACUGAAUUUGUUCACAAAAAGGAAAGUCAGAUUUGUUGUUUUAUUUGGACGUCCACUUAAGAGUUAAAUCAGAGAUAACCUGGAACAGAGUUUGUAGUACAUUUGGUCCAACAUUUGGUUCGCAAUCCUGCUAAUUUUCUCAGUCAUGAAGCUUUCAUCUUUUGUUAUACUUGCAUUAUGCUGUAGUUUAACUUUUGGACAAAACUAUAGUAUCAUCCGUCGGGUCACGAAUACUAAUGGCUAUUAUCAACCAGACUUUGUUCAGAUCCCAUCAUCUUCGUGUCAUAACAAUGAUGGCACUAAAGAAUGUGCAAUUAUGGAUGGGAAAAGGUAUUCAGUGUGCCAAUGUGCUUGUGAAAAAACCAAUAGUGAUCAUCGUUUUUACAAAAGUACUUUUGGAUUCUACRAUGGUAAUUGGAGAUGUGAGAAGAACAGUGCACUUCGUCGACGUUCAGGAUGCCAAUUAUCACUUGAUCAGAAGGGAAUAAAUGAUCCCAUCCUAACUGUACCAACGACGAUUACUGAUGGUAUUUACUUCAUAUCGAAUGUUACUACGAAGAAAUACACAUCGAUCCCAGAAGAAGCAACGUGUUCUCUGAAAAAUGGAAAGUCGAUGUACUUAACAUGUUCUGGGAUGUGGAACGACCUGAACACUGCAUUAGUAACCAAGAGAUUCAAUUUACAUUUCAUUUAUAAUGAUUGGCCAGAUAUAAACGUCGGGGUUGAGGUUAAUUACACAGAAGGUUCUUCUUACCCUCUGCCUAGUGGUCGUAUUAUCAAACUAGCGGUCACCUGUUCAGAUCGACCAUGGGAACCAUCUCAUUGUAUCCUUUUGAAAAUACAAGGACAACUUCAAUGUUCUGUGUCUCCGCUUCUUUCUACCACCCCACCGGCUCAACCACCAGUGCCGAUUCACCCUACUUCUGUCCCGUCAAUGACAUCUCAAUCUCCAACAACAUCCUCUUCUCGGAAACCUGGAGGGAACAUCAGGGCGCCUAAAAAGGACUCCAGUAUCCUUAUUACUAAUGGAUCAAUAAUAGGAAUCUCACUGGGCGGAGUUGCAUUAUUAGCUGCAUUAAUAAUACUCAUAUUCUUCAUAAUCAGGCUCAGGAAAAGAAGCAGAUACAUCGACAAUGACAGAAAAGCCAGUACAUGCGAGUUGGUCUUAGAAAAUAAAACGUAUGAGGACAAAGCUGGUGGUGCCCAAAAGCCAACUCAUCAGAUGGAAGAACAAGCAGAUCUGGAAGGACAAAAGAGAACAGCAGAUGAAUUGACGAUGCAGGAAGAACCAUUGUACAGUCUUCCAGGGUCCACCAUCAACAAAAACAACAGCGAAAUCGAACAAGAUGAACCUUUCUAUUACGCACUUGAGGAACCACAACCGCACGGUACGCAAAAGUAUAACGUGCACGAGGAAUUACACCCAGAUAAAGAGGCACCCCAUGUAUAUGGGACCUUUAACGAACCACACAAGGAAGCCACAUCUAAUGACMCUCGUGGAUAUAGCAAUACACUGUAUGAGUCGGUUGGAGACAAUUAGUAAGCAGUCCACCAAAUAAGAAGAUCAAUGAGGCAUUUUAGGAUUAGGCAUUUUAUGCCUAUCUUAUUUUAAAGGUCUAUAAUCUAGUUGAUCAUGGUGGGAAGUUUAAAACUACCUAAAAUUCAGUAGUCAGAUUGACUUGAUGAUCUGGCUAAGUAAAACCGUGGACUAACCAACACCAGCGGCUAACCAUUUUACUCAUAAAUCAAAAGUCCCAGAAUUUUUUUAAACAGGUAAAACUUGUCGAUGUGCUCCGAUAUUCUAAACAUGCGCAUUUUUUGCUUAUCGUCCUAAUUUGAUUUUAWCAAGAUUUUAUUAAGUUUUGUACCAUUUGAAUUUUAUCUAGGUGUAUACUUUAUAAAUAAACAACAAUAUUAACUUAUUAGUUUUUAUUAGAGUGACCA